AUGGCCGCCUGCGCCCCCGCGCGGUGCGCUCGGUCCCCUCCCCGCCUCUCCCGACCCCUACCCCGGCCCCGGCCCGCGCUGGGGCUCCUGCCGCUGCUGCUGCUGCUCCAGCCGCGCCCCGCCGUCUCCGCUGUGUUCACAGUGGGGGUGCUGGGCCCCUGGGCUUGCGACCCCAUCUUCGCUCGCUCCCGCCCGGACCUGGCCGCCCGCCUGGCCGCCGCCCGCCUGAACCAGGACUCUGCGCGGGCAGGUGGCCCUCGCUUCGAGGUCGCGCUGCUGCCCGAGCCGUGCCGCACGCCGGGCGCGCUGGGCGCCGUGUCCUCGGCUCUGACCCGCGUGUCGGCGCUCGUGGGUCCAGUGAACCCCGCAGUCUGCCGGCCGGCCGAGCUGCUGGCCCAAGAGGCGAGAGUGGCGCUGGUGCCUUGGGGCUGCCCCGGGGCGCAGGCGGCUGGCACCACGGCUCCCGCCCUUCCGCCCGCCGCAGACGUCCUCUACGCCUUUCUGCGCGCAUUCCGCUGGGCGCGCGUGGCCCUGGUCACCGCCCCACAGGACCUGUGGGUGGAGGCAGGACGUGCCCUGUCCACGGCGCUCAGGGCCCGGGGCCUGCCUGUCGCUCUGGUGACCUCGAUGGAGCCCUCAGACCUGUCUGGAGCCCGGGAGGCCCUGAGGAGGGUCCGAGACGGGCCCCGUGUCCGAGCAGUGAUCAUGGUGAUGCACUCGGUGCUGCUGGGCGGCGGGGAGCAGCGCAGCCUGCUGGAGGCCGCAGAGGAGCUGGGCCUCACUGACGGCUCCCUGGUCUUCCUGCCCUUCGACACGCUCCACUAUGCCCUGGCUCCCGGUCCCGAGGCCGUGGCAGUGCUGGCCAACAGCUCCCAGCUUCGCAGAGCCCACGAUGCGGUACUCACACUCACCCGCCACUGUCCCCUGGGAGGCAGCGUGCUGGACAGUCUGCGAAGGGCCCAAGAGCACCAGGAGCUGCCCCCUGACCUCAAUCUGCAGCAGGUAUCCCCUCUCUUUGGCACCAUCUACGAUGCAGUCUUCUUCUUGGCCAGGGGUGUGGUGGGAGCUCGGACCGCCGCAGGUGGCGGCUGGGUGUCAGGAGCAGCGGUGGCCCGCCAUGUCCAGGAUGCCCAGGUGCCUGGCUUCUGUGGGGUCUUGGGAAGAUCCGAGGAGCCCCCUUUUGUGCUGCUGGACACGGACGCGGCAGGGAACUGGCUGUUUGCCACAUACUUGCUGGACCCCACCCGGGGCUCCCUCCGCUCUGUUGGAACUCCGGUGCAUUUCCCUAGAGGGGGACAGGGGCCCGGGCCUGACCCCUCAUGCUGGUUUGACCCAGACAUCAUCUGCAAUGGAGGAGUGGAACCCGGCCUUGUCUUUAUGGGAUUCCUCCUGGUGGUUGGGAUGGGGCUGACAGGGGCCUUCCUGGCCCGCUAUGUGAGGCACCGGCUCCUGCACAUCCAAAUGGCCUCUGGCCCCAACAAGAUCAUCCUGACUCUGGACGACAUCACCUUCCUCCACCCACCGGGGGGCAGCUCUCAAAAGAUAGCCCCGGGGAGCCGAUCCAGUCUGGCUGCCCGCAGCACAUCAGACAUUUGCAGUGGCCCCAGUCAACCCCCAGACAGCCCCAACAUUGGCCUCUAUGAGGGAGAGUGGGUUUGGCUGAAGAAAUUCCCAGGGGAUCAGCACAUAACUGUCCGCCCAGCAACCAGGACAGCCUUCUCCAAGCUCCGGGAGCUGCGGCACGACAACGUGGCGCUCUACCUGGGGCUCUUCCUGGCGGGGCGAGCAGACGGCAACGCGGGCCUGGGGGAAGGCGUGCUGGCUGUAGUCUCCGAGCACUACGCCCGGGGCUCCCUGCACGACCUCCUGGCCCAGAGAGACCUAAAGCUGGACUGGAUGUUCAAGUCCUCCCUCCUACUGGACCUCAUCAAGGGAAUGCGGUACCUGCACCAUCGAGGCGUGGCUCACGGGCGGCUGAAGUCACGCAACUGCGUGGUGGACGGGAGGUUCGUGCUGAAAGUCACUGACCACGGCCACGGGCGACUGCUGGAGGCGCAGAGGGUGUUCCCGGAGCCUCCGGGUGCGGAGGACCAGCUGUGGACAGCCCCAGAGCUGCUUCGGGACCCGGCCCUGGAGCGCCGGGGAACGGUUGCCGGGGAUGUCUUCAGCCUGGGCAUCAUCAUGCAGGAGGUCGUGUGCCGCAGCGCCCCCUACGCCAUGCUGCAGCUGACCCCCGAGGAAGUGGUGCAGAGGGUGCAGAGCCCCCCUCCACUGUGUCGGCCCUUGGUGACCAUGGACCAGGCACCCAUAGAGUGCAUUCAGCUGAUGAAACAGUGCUGGGCAGAGCAGCCGGACCUUCGACCCUCCAUGGAUCGCACCUUUGACCUGUUCAAGAGCAUUAACAAGGGCAGGAAGACCAACAUCAUCGACUCCAUGCUACGGAUGCUGGAGCAGUACUCCAGUAACCUAGAGGACCUGAUCCGGGAACGCACAGAGGAGCUGGAACUGGAAAAGCAGAAAACAGAUCGACUCCUUACUCAGAUGCUGCCUCCGUCUGUGGCUGAGGCUCUGAAGAUGGGGAUGCCUGUGGAACCCGAGUACUUUGAGGAGGUGACACUGUAUUUCAGUGACAUUGUGGGCUUCACCACCAUCUCAUCCAUGAGUGAGCCCAUCGAGGUGGUGGACCUGCUCAAUGACCUCUACACGCUCUUUGAUGCCAUCAUUGGCUCCCAUGAUGUCUACAAGGUGGAGACUAUUGGGGAUGCCUAUAUGGUGGCCUCCGGGCUGCCACAGAGGAAUGGGCAGCGUCAUGCUGUGGAGAUCGCCAACAUGUCCCUAGACAUCCUCAGCGCAGUCGGCUCCUUUCGCAUGCGACACAUGCCUCAGGUGCCCGUGCGCAUCCGCAUCGGCCUGCACUCUGGCCCAUGUGUGGCGGGCGUGGUGGGCCUCACCAUGCCACGAUACUGCCUAUUUGGGGACACCGUCAACACUGCCUCUCGCAUGGAGUCCACAGGGCUGCCCUACCGCAUCCACGUGAACGUGAGCACUGUGCGGAUUCUCCACGCCCUGGACGAGGGCUUCCAGGUGGAAGUGCGAGGCCGCACGGAGCUGAAGGGCAAGGGAACAGAGGAAACGUAUUGGCUGGUGGGCAGACGCGGCUUCCACAAGCCCAUCCCCAAACCGCCUGACCUGCAACCCGGGGCCAGCAGCCACGGCAUCAGCCUGCAGGAGAUUCCCCCUGAGCGACGCCAGAAACUGGAGAAGGCGAGGUCCGGCCAGUUCUCUGGAAAGUGA